AUGACGACGCAGUUCACAUUUCUAAACACAAGCGAUGCGCCGAGACUCGGGGCUUCAGACACCAAGCGCAUGAGAGCACAUGUCACCAAGUCCAACUUCGCACAACGACGGCGACGCCUGGCCCAAGAAAGACAGUCGGAUGACGUACAAGAGGCGAUUUUGGAGUCGCUCGAUCAAGCUAAACAGAUCGUAACACGGCGGCCGGCGGUUCCUACUCCUUCAUCGGCACCAAAGCCCUGCUCGAUUGGCCAGCUGUACACCUUCUCCACGUAUACGGACAUGUCAAUAAAGUUCUUGCUUCAUGAGUUUCGGCCGCUCAUAUUCCCCGCUGGCACCGGCAGCCCUGGCUCCCGCAAUGAAGCGCAGUGGAUUGGGCUGUUCAUGGCUGAACCGGCCCUACUCGAAGCUUCAAUGGUUAUUGGAUUACGGAAUCGCCCUGGUCUCCAAAGCUCCUCUUGUUCAGAUGUGGCAGAUCAGCAUGCGGUUAGGGCAAUCCAUAUUCUCAACAAACGUCUCAGUACAACUUCUACUGGGCUGACGGAUGGUGUGCUCGCGGCUGUAUUCACGUUAGCACUCAGUGAGCGUCUUGUAAACAACGACACAGCGUGGAAUAUCCACAUCAAUGGCUUAUCACAAAUAAUUAGACUCAGGCGAUCAAAUGGAGUUGAUGAGGUUCCACCAUGCGAAUCCGUCAGCGAAAUGAUGGCAUCACCCACGAAACCACCCAAAAAGAUCAUUGAUGCCCUUACACCCCUAGGUGGCCUAACAGAACUAAACUUUUCGAGGAUUUGUUGGGAUAUGUACUUGUUACGUCAAGGGCUUAAUCGCUACUACACGCAUCCUGAAGAGGCUGACCAUUUGAGCCGACAAAUCGGGGACCGGGUCGAUGGCCUGCAGGGUGAAAUUGACACACUUCUUGAAAACAGCGGGCCGCAUAUCCGAGCCUGGGCGAGUGCACUCAGGAUAUUCGUCUUCCUCUCAUGGCCGCCAAAACUAGCGGUUUGCUUAAGAGAUCUGGCGGAAAGGCUAAGGGACAUGCUGGCGGCACCAGGGAUCCGGCUCUGCUCCUCCAUUGACAUGACAGUGUGGCAAUUCUUUGUCGGUGCUGUUGCAGCGGAGGAGGGUUCAGACACGAGGAUAUGGUUCACCACGAGGGUGAGGAAGAUGUUCAGCCCAAUGCAUGUGCGCGAAUGGAAAACUGUGAUGGGGGUUCUCGAGAAGGGUUUUGGGCCGGAUAUACAGUUGAUGGAAAGGUUCCAAAGGGUGUGGGACGAAGUUAAGUGA